UGUUUUAUGCCUCAUUGAAGUGACAAAUGCAAAUCGAGUGUGCAGACAUACGAAAGGAUACAGACGAGCUGAUUAUUAUGCCCCUUAUUUGAAAGACGCUUACAGAAAAUACAUUGCGUAUCAUCACCACUGGGAAGAUAAUCAACCAUACGAAUUUGAUUUGAAAAUUGAAAAUGGUGCACGACCUUAUUAUGUUUCCCUAGAACGAACCGAUGUAAAAUCACUAUGGUGGGAAUGUCAUCUACCAAAUGGUGGUUGUUGCAGGUGGUGGGGAUCUGAACAUCUCGACGACAGUUGUAUUGCCAAAUUUUAUUCGUCUUGGUCCAAAUAUUAUCGCCUAUGGGUAGAUACGAAAUAUAUUGAUGUGAACAAAGCUGUAUUAAUAGUAUUAGUAAACACCCCUGAGGGUAAUGUUUAUUAUUUUCAGCCGUUAACACAUAAUGUUAAAUCGUGCAGUGAAAUAGCCUAUAGACCGAUAAAAUUACAUUAUGAAAUUGAUGGAGGAUUUGUGAAAGACUCUUCAGGAAAUAUACUCUACACUUAUAUACCGGGGCACAAAGCUACACAGGUCUAUCAUAAAGAUGAAAUACUUAGUUCUCCUUUUAAAAUGCUACGACAAGGAACAUUGUACAUUGAAUUUAAAAUAUUUUUGCCACGUGGAUUCGAGAUGCAGGCAUACUUCUUUACAAAAAAUAGUGAAAAAGAAUGUAAUCCUCCGAGUUAUUUGAACCUGCGCAAUAUUUACGAAGCAAUAGGAUUCACCGAAGGUGUACAGAUGAUAUGGAGAUACUGGGAUUACUUAAAAAUAGCAUAUAUCACUUGUCGGAUUAAUCAGCCAGGAAUAUUGCUGGUGUACACAACCACGACACAAAAUAUGGAUACAGUUAGAGACUAUUUACGUCACCAGAUUUUUAUUCUCUACGAUAGAAUAAAUGAGAAAGAAUUCGACAUUUACUUAGAUGAAGAUCUCGACACAGAUUAUAGACUAUUUGCAGUAAAUUGGAAAGAAAAGAUUUAUCACGACAUUUCAGAAACAAUUUCAUUACCUGUACCAACAGGGACAACAUGCCAGCCUGCAAUGAAACCAACCCAACAACAUGCAGAUUUAUCAGUUUUGAAUAUUCAAACAUUCGUUGAUUUACAUGUGGGAUCAGCACAGACUAAAACAGCACCAUAUUAUCAAUGCACAAGGGAAAGUGAUGGCAAAAUUUAUCAGCAUUAUUAUCGAAUUAUUGUUCUGCCGACAUUCAAAAGUGUUCAAAUUAACAUCACAAUAUUACCCAGUGAGACGGAUAACUAUUUCUAUGAUGUAUUCGGUAGUCCCGUUGUGAGGAAGGCAUUACGUAUCAUAGUGAACUGUAACUUCGCACUAGUCCAUUCAAUAAUUCACAAUCCUGAUAUUUCAUUCACUUACACCAAUAUCGAUGCUAUGAAACAGACAGUCAGUCAAGAACUUCCUUACAAGGUGUACGGCACACAUGUCAGAGAAAUGAAUGACUACGACUGGCACACAUAUUCCUAUGAGAUACACAGUCAACCAAUUCUACACCAAGUAACGCAUCAGAACAUCACAUGUACACAUCAUCAUCAAGUAUUACAAUUUCAUGAGUUCGAGACGAAGAUCGAUGCUUCGAAAAUUCGGUUGUCGCAGUCAAUGGAAAUACUGACGACAUGGGUUUUAACACCAAUCAUCGUUGAUCAGUCGAUUGUGACCAACAAUGAACAAAGGGGUUCACCGCUUCCUCCAAGAGGAAUUCAUUAUCCACAUCAGUGUCGGUUAUUUGAAUGGCACAUUUCUUGGAUUGAUCGAUCCGGUCGAUACUUUGUCUCUAGUCUGGCUACUCCAGUAUAG